AUGGUUGAAGAAAUAGUAUAAGAAUCAGAAAUACAGAGAUCAAGAUCUAAGUCAGAAAUAGGUAGAGUAGAGAAUCCUGAAAUAGUGAGAAUAGAAUUAGAGAGUUAAUUAUAAGGAAAAUUGUAAUUGGAAAAAUCAAGUUUGGAAGAAGAACCUGAAAGUAUAAUGUUAAAAAUAGGUAAUGAUUUAGAAAGAAAAAUUGCUGCAAAUCCUGAAAUCUUAAGUGAUAAAUAUUAACCAGGAUUUUUUGAGAAAAUAAUGUCUUAUGAAUAUGCAAGACCAGGCAUAGAUCUUUAUUUAGCUAUAGCUUUUGUUUAAGUAAUCCUAUUUUUAUAUAUGUUAUUUUUUUUCAAUUUUAUGACUGGGGAAUCAUAAAAUAUUGAAGGGUACUUAAAAUAUAAUUAAGUACCUGCUCAAUUAGUAUUAGCAUUAGUAUUUUAAAUGUUAUUUAUGAUGAUUGAAAGGUAUAUUGAAUUAAGAGGAGAUUAAAAAUAUAUUAAAAAUCAAGAAAAAGUAAUAUAUAAAAAUAAAUACAAAACUUAAUUUGUUUAAAAGUAUAUAUUAUAAGUAGUAAUUCUAAUUUUAGUAUUCUUUUUUGUUUAUUGCUAUUUAUUAAAACUUUGGAAUAGAACAAUAGAAGAUUUUUCAGAUUAUAAUACUUCAAUUGUAUUAUAUUUUAUGUUAUUUUGUGCUUAUUUUUAUUUAUCUGCUCUUUAACUUAGAUAUGGAUAUAGAGAAUUAAAAGUAAGAAAUUAAUUUUUGUAUGUUUAUAAUUCACUUAGCUAUUAUUUUGCUUUAAUAUUCUAUUCAAUUCCAUUUUUAUAUGAUUUAAAGGUAUUGAUGGAUUGGACUUGUUUAUAUACAUCUCUUGAUAUUUUUUAAUGGUUUACUUUAGAAGAUAUUCAUAGAUAAUUGUAUUUUACUAAAAUAUCUUCAUAAAAAGUAAUGAAAAGACAAUUAGGAUUACAAAUAUCAAAGAUAACUAAAUUUAUUUUCUUUUUCUUUGUUAUUUUUAUAUUAAUAUGUAUAUUUGGUCCAUUAAUAUUAUUUUCUGCUCUUAAUCCUGCUGCAUAAGAUAAUCCUAUUGUUAGUGGAACUUUUACAAUUAAUUUAGUUAAUGUAGAUACUAACUUAAAUGUUUAAUUUUAUGAAUCGAGUCAAUUAUUUGGAUUAGAUUUACCAAUAUUAAAAGAUUAUUCUGAAAUUAAAAUUCUAACUAAAUAAGAAAAAAUUACAAAAUAAUAAAUAGAUAAUUCAGGAGGAAUAUAAAGAUUUUAAUUAUCAGACUUUUCAAAUUCUAAAUGGUAAGUCUCACUUCCACUUUAUACUUAAUUAAUUAGAGAAUUGGAUCAAACUUUAUCUUUAUAAGAAGAUUAUACUUUCAUGUUUAAUGUAACUUUUAUAUUUAGAAGACGUUUCUAAUUUUUAUUCCCUACAGUAUAUAAAUUUUCAUAUCCUUAUAAUCCUUUAAUAAAUGGAAAUAAUGGUACUACUAAAUUAGGUAGAGAUCAACUCAGAUAUAUUAAGCAAGCUGCCUUAAAUUGUAAUGAUACAGGAAUUAUGUUACCCAAUUUCUAUAUUGAAGCACUUAGAAUUUAUCAAAGUUCGGCAACAAAUUAUAAUACAACUCCUAUUUAUGGAAAAGAUCUUAAAACCGCUUAAGAUGUUUUCCUUAAUAUUAAUUGUUCAUAUGGUAAUGAAAAUCCUCUUUAAGGAGUAUCUAAUUGGGAAUUUUAAUAUGCAGGAAAUAGUAAUUUAUUUUCUAAUUCAUCAAAUAUAACUUUGGCUAAUGGAUUAUUAUAUUUUGUAGUUUGUGAUAAAUUCUCAGUCUUAACAAAUGGAUUAAGUGUUAUUACAAUUUAUACUACAAUUAUUCUUCUUAUAGCCAAAUGUAUAAGAAGCACAUUCUCCUCUUAAGUAUUUAUGUUAGAAUUAACAUAAAUGGUUUAACCAGAUGAUUUAUUAUCAAUAUGUUAGGCUGUAUCUGUAGCAAGAUAGCUUGAAAACUAUAAAAAGUAUUAUUAAUAUUUUAUAUUUAAAGAGAGAAUUUAUUGUAUUUUGAAUUGAUAGACAUUUUACGUUCUCCAGAAUUAGUAAAAGCAAUGACUGGUGCAUGGUCAGAGAAGUUUGAAUCUUAAUACAUAAAAUAAAAAGAAGUUAAAGAAGAAUAAUUGUAGAAUCAGGAAUAAUUAAAAGAAGAAUCAAAAAAAUUAAAACUAGACUGA